AUGGAGGCCUAUCGCAUCGGCGUCGACGUGGGCGGCACCAACACGGACGCCGCCAUCAUCAACAUCGCCGCGACGGAUUCUCCCUCUCGCGGCAUCUGCGCUUCCGCUAAAACGCCCACCACCCCGGAUGUGACGAGCGGAAUCUAUACCGCGAUUGAGAAUGCCCUGGCGGAGUCGCGGGUUGCGCGCAAGAACGUGGUCAGCGUGGCCAUUGGAACCACGCAUUUCGUCAACGCCGUCGUGCAGGCGGACUCGAGGCGGUUGAGUAGAGUCGCGGUCGUCCGGCUCUGCGGCCCUUUUACCAAGCAGGUUCCACCGUUUGCGGAGUUUCCGUCGGACUUGAACGAUAUUAUGGGCGGGCCGACGUUCUAUCUGGAUGGGGGCCUCGAAAUCGACGGGCGCGAAAUCACGCCGCUCAAUCCGGCCCAGAUCGAAGAGACGGUCAAGAGAAUCCAGGACGCUGGCGUCAAGAUGGUGGCUCUGGUCGGCGUAUUCUCUCCCUUGGACCACAACGGCAUCCACGAAGAGAAAUGCAAGCAAAUGAUGCUGGAGCUCGACCCAUCCCUCUCGAUCGUGUGCUCCCAUGCCAUCGGAGGUGUCGGCCUGCUCGAACGCGAGAAUGCGACCAUCCUUAAUGCAUCCAUUCUCACCCUCGCUCGCAAGACCGUCCGGGCGUUCUGCCGGGCCAUGGAAAAGCUCCAGCUCGACUGCCCGUUGUAUCUGACGCAGAACGACGGCACGCUCACCGACGCAGCGACGGCCGCAGAACUGCCCAUCAAGACGUUUGCCAGCGGCCCCACGAACAGCAUGACGGGUGCGGCUUUCCUGGCGUCCCUGGACAAGGGCCGCGAUGCUGCGCGCGUCGACACCCAGGUGCUCGUCGUCGAUGUAGGAGGCACCACCAGCGAUGUGUGUGCGCUUUUACCCUCUGGAUUUCCCCGACAGGCACCCAACUUCGUCGAGGUGGGUGGUGUGCGAACGGCGUUUUCCAUGCCCGAGGUCCUCUCGAUCGGACUCGGGGGUGGAAGCAGGGUGCUGGUUGACAGUGAAACCGGCAAUGUCGCGGUCGGCCCCGAGUCUGUUGGUCACUACCUGACGAGCAAGGCCAAGGCGGACAUUGGCGAUAGAGACAAGGUGCAGGACAUCUCCGCCGAUGUUGUGAGCAAAGCCCGCGUACAGAUCAAGAAGCUCCUCGAGCGGGCCAUCGAUGGGAUGAAGAUUUCUGAGCAGCCGGUUACUCUUCUUCUCGUCGGUGGUGGAUCGGUCGUGCACAUGGACUCGCUGGAAGGCGUUGCGGAAUGCAUUAUCCCACCACAUCACGACUCAGCAAACGCCGUGGGAGCUGCCAUCGCAAAGGUUGCCGGCGAGGUGGACAUGAUCGAGCUCCUCGCUGACAAGGACGAGAAAGCCGUGCUACAGGCAGCGAAAGAGAAGGCCGUCGAAGUUGCGGUCUCUCGCGGCGCGGAUCGGGACGACGUGAAAAUCGUCGAGAUCGACAAGAUCCCACUUGCCUAUGCGACCAACAAGGCGACGAGACUGGUGAUUAAGGCGGUUGGAAGACUGGCACCUCCAGAUCCUCAGGCGCCUCGGCCUCAACGCACGGUGCCAGAGGCUGGCGAUCAAGCUGUGUCUGACGAGUCUGUCGAAGAAGAACCGUCUUCAGCACCGCAGCAGCGGCCGACGCCUCAUUCCCCAGUCAAGCACGCCAUUCACGUAGACUUUGAUACCUAUAAGCCCGAUGUGCGCAACAACGUCUGGUAUCUUUCGCCUGUGGAUCUGGAGUUCAUCGCAGCUGGGACAGGAGUCUUGGGAACUGGUGGCGGCGGCCCCUCGCGUCUUCAGUAUCUAGCCUGUCUUGAGAUCCUGCAGGAUCCCAGUAAUGCAAGCAGAAUGCGCGUGGUCGCCGCGAAAACGCUCAAGGAUUCUGAUAUCUGCGCCUCCGGGUCUUGGUUCGGCGCACCCAGCGUGUCUGGAGAGCGCAUUCCUGCUGGAACCGAGCUGACCAAGGCAAUUGAUAACUGCAUGCGUAUCGCCGGUCUGAAGGAGUUCCAUGCGAUGAUUAUUGAUGAGAUUGGGGGAGGCAAUGGCUUGUCGGCGUUCCCGUCUGGUGUCGCCUACGACGUCCCAGUGAUCGAUGGCGAUUUGAUGGGCCGGGCCUAUCCGACAAUGGAGCACUGUGAGUCCCGAAAGGCUCAGGAGAACAAUCGUCGAGUCGAAACCAUGCUGCGCAGCCAAUGUGUCGAUCUAGGACUGAAGAUUGGUGUUUCGAGCGCUCCCCUGACGGGCGAGUCGAUCAAAAAAUAUGUUGUGCCAAACACCGUCUCACAAUCGUGGUAUAUUGGCCGCGCAGUGCAUCACGCUCGCCGUUCAAAGACCAACAUGAUUAAAGCCAUCUUCGACACCUCCCCCGGCAAGCUGCUCUACACAGGCAAGAUCGUCGACGUGAGGCGCGAUGUCCGCCGCGGAUACACGAUGGGAUACUGUCUCCUCGCGCCUCUAAGUGCCGACGAGAGAGAGACCGACGUUCCCGCCGAGAUUGCCAACGAGACCCGGUCGUUAAUCGUGCCAUUCCAGAACGAGUUCUUGUACGCUGCGUACGCAGACUCCAAUUCUCCCGAUGACAUGUCAAAGCAAGAGGUUAUCUGCACCGUACCGGAUUUGAUAUCGAUCCUCGGUCAAGAUGGCGAGGCUAUCGGAUCUCAGGAAUUGAGGUACGGGUUGAAGGUGAACGUCAUUGCCAUGGCGGCCCAUCCCCUUUGGACGACCGAGGCUGGCUUGCGGGUCGGAGGUCCCCAGGGCUUUGGAUUGGAUAUGGAAUGGACGAAGCUGGGGGAGUACUGGGAGCCGCGGAGCGUGAUUGAUGAAUUCAAUCGACCCGAGUCUGGGGGUGGCUGUCUUGUAGUCUAG